GCAUGUGAAUGGGCAUGUGGCCAUGGUCCAUCAGGUCCAUGUGAUGUGACAUUUAUGCAGCAACGAUAAUUGCAAAAUUAUAAAAGAAGCGACAAUGUACUCGGCAAACGUACGUGCCGGCAUUGCACGCGUGUUACUCCGCGUGGAAUCACGCAGAGAGAUGCACAGUAAUGCGGAAUUGAUCGAAUUAUGUACGAAGAUUGAGAACCGAAAUCCGCGAAAUUUAGAGCGACUGAGGAUAGCAAGGAAACCUCAAGGGUAUCAUCUCGAGAUACCCGGGCGAACGUAUUGGCAUAAACUGUAUCUGAUUAAGAAACCUCGUUACAUUACUGCAGAAGUCCGCCACUUUGAAAAUGGACCGGUCAUUACAGCCUCUAGCAUGGAAUGGGCAUUAAAGAAGCAGUUAUAUCGGGGUAUCGAUGGUUCGGCUUAUAUUAAUGUGGGACGCGUGUUAGCUCAGCGUUGUUUGGAGGCUGGGAUUUGCGAAAUGAAAGUUGAUGCUGAGUUAACUGGAGAAAAAUCUAAAUUAUUAAUUAAACAGUUAAGGGAUAAUGGAAUCCGUCUGACUGAACCAUCAGUAUAUAAGUAUCCAAAUCCUUGGGAUAGAUAUCGACCAGAAAAGCCAUGGGAGAUCCAUGAAUAAUACACAUACCAUCUUUUUUCUACACAAUAAUGUAAAUAAAUACAAGGAAUAAAGUGUGCACUAUAUAAAUGAUAUGGUUCUAACGAUGCUUCUUGUGAGAGGUAAAUGAAAUUAAACUUGGUGUGAACUGUAUGUAUAUUAUUGUAGUAUUUACCACUGCAAAAUGCCAAGUUUUGUACACUAUGAUAUCUCAUUAUAAGAGAUAGAAAUAAAUAAUUAUAUCACUAUUAAAU